AUGGGACGUAGACCAGGUAGUACGACUAAAUCAGGACGAUUUAUGAAUCCGGCGGAUCAAGAACGCAAGAGUAUGCGUCAAAAAGAGCUUAAAAGAAAUCGAAAACAGAGGACAUUAGUUCGGCAUGCGAUUUUAAAAAGUAAAGACGUUGACGAGAUCUUAGAAAACUUGUCACGUUUAGAUGAUCAAGAAUUUGAUAUACAUGUAGAGCAUCACAGCAAGUAUGUUUUCAAUGAAAAACGCAUCAAAUUUCGACAGACUUUCUUUGAAGUAGUAAAUCUGUACAAGAUGGAAAAACGUGACGAUAAAGUACGGGAACUCGAACAAAAAAUGGCACAUUAUGAGGCAGACAGAGCUAGAAAAAUGCAACAAUACAAUGCAUUACGAUUUUCUCUGGAAGGAAAUCCUGUUGAAAUUCCAUUGCCUGAUGGUAGUUCUGUACCUGAUGCAGCAAUGACACCUGCUAUCCCCAGCAUACCAUCCCAGUUUUUGAUGCCACAAGCACGAGCUGGUAUUUUGAAGAAGUCGAACAGCAAUCGGGACUUGAAUUGUAAGGCAGAACCUCCAGGACCUCCAUGUGGCAUGCCUCCGCCUUUUUGUCAAGAUGAUGACGAUGUUGAUGAGCCACCAAGUAAAAGACGCGUACGAUUUGAGGACGAUGUUACAAGCAAUGUUAUAGAAACACCUGAUGAUGAUUUAGGACCGGUUGAAAUUCCUAUGGAAUUAUUGGAUCAAAACCAGACAAAUGACGUCGAAAUUUCAAGAUCUGUGUCUUUACUUACGUCUACAACUUCGCAGCAACCUUUAUUAUGCGCACCACCGUUGCCACCAAGCUUAUUGCCACCACCUCCUCGUCUUCCUCUUCGUGUUCCUCCACCACCACCGCAAUUUCCUUCGGGGGUGCAAGUCUCAACAUACGUCCGUCCAUCAACAACAAGUUCUGUUAUCUCAGCAGAUCCGAUGGUGCGGCGAGCAGAAGCCGGUAAGAACGGGGAAGCUACAAUUUCAGCUGCUCCAAAAUUGAGGGAUUUAACGAAAGAAGUGACAAAAUUUAUACCAACAGCUCUUCAGGUUAAUCGGAGCAAGCAGCAAGUGAAAAGGAAAAUUAGCAAGUUUAAUAUAAUGGGAAUACAAGUUGAAUCAGCACAAAGAAAGGAAGCAAAAGAUACGGAUGAGGCUUAUGCAGAAUUUAUGAGUGAAAUUUCGUCUCUUUUGUAA